GGCGGGUCAGGCCAACGCUGGGCCCGGGAGGUCGGGCAGUGUCUGUGGAGACACAGUGAGUAUUCGGGCCGCCGGCGCCGCAUCAAAAGAUCCCCAGCUGCCCGGUCCCGGCCCGGGAGUGGCUGCGGGUCGGGAUGAGGGAUCCGCCCCAGCCCGGCACCGCCUCUCCCCGCACUCGGCGCGAUGUUGGGCCACAGGGAAGCAACACUUUGCGGCGCGGCUGCCGGAGCCGGGCUACUGGUGGGGCUGUGGCUGGGGCGGAGGUUACUUUCACGGCAGCAGCUGAGUACAUACAAGAGCCACGGUGGAGCCAAUGGGGAUCCGCUACUGAACUACCUGCUGCAGACGUCGCUGCGGGAACCCCCGCUGCUGAAGAAGCUGAGACUGGGGUCUACACUGGGUAUAACACAAUGAACAUGGCCCUGGCCGUACCAGCUGAUGGCAGAGUCAUUGCCUGUGACAUCAACGUAGACUUUGUCAACAUUGGGAAACCGUUCUGGAGAGAGGCUGAAGUGGAUCAGAAGAUUGACCUGCGCAUUAAACCAGCUGUAGAAACCCUUGACGAGUUGCUCCAGGCUGGUGAGGCCGAGACCUUCGACUUUGCCUUCAUUGACGCUGACAAGGUGAACUACGGCCUGUACUACGAGAAAUGCCUGCAGCUGAUCCGCAAAGGAGGGGUCAUCGCGAUCGACAACGUUCUGUGGGGUGGGAAGGUGCUGAGACCAGGAGAUGACAGGGACACGUUAAGCAUCGUCAAACUGAACGAGAAGAUCUACACGGACAGCCGGGUCAACAUGUCCAUGCUCAGCAUCGCUGACGGACUCACCUUGGUCUUCAAGCUGUAAGGACCGCAUCGUCCGGCCAUGACGAGAUGCCAUGGAUGAUGCAGGUCCAUGGAGCCCAGGUUGGCCAACGUCACUGACCAGUCUGUCCAUGGAGCCCAACCCUCAUGCCCCACUCAACCCAUCUCCCCAGACCCUGACUCCAUCCUGUCCCCUCUUGUCCAGUCUGUCCCUACCUACAUCCAGAUGAUCUCAUUCCACCCCUCCAUUCCCCCUCAUCCCCUUCUCACCUCCACACUCAUCCCCCAUACAUCCUCACCCUCUCCCUAUACCCCCCUCUUGCCCCACUCCCCCCCCC